UCUCACCCCGCCCACUCACACAGCGAAACAGCGAGCGGAGAGGCGCGCAGGGCAUCGGCUCCGAGUCGCGCGCUUCUUGGACGCUUCGUGACACUAGCGAAAAGACACGAGUGCUUUUGUAGCGGUAACACCUACUGCUCUAUUCCAACCGGAAGCUGUCGGCAAGAGCACAGAUUUAUGGCACAAUGAAACAAAAGCGAGGAGUGUGUCAGUGCCAGAGAGAGUGUUACCAUUAACCAGGCGCACAAACACAAGAACGCCAGUUAAGAAGCAAAAUCAAUGAGAAGUCAGAGGUGAACACACACUUCUGUGCAAGAACAGUGAGCUGUUUGCUUUUGUGGAAAAUACCACUGCUGACUGUAAUGUGCAUCCAUCAGAGACACUGUGUGGUGCUCGCCAGCUCCUGAGCAGAAGCGGCUCUUUACGUGUCUUUUGGUGUGGGAUGUCGCGCCACAGCCAUCGUUUUGAACGGGACGUGCGGCCCGUCUGGGAGCGCAGAGAACGCAGUGGUGUCAGUAGUAGCUGCAUCACGGCCAACGGCUGCGGCUCUUCCACCGCCUGUGCCACCUCCAUGACCAACAGCUCCAACAACCGUCCUGGCCUGCUGCCGCUGCCGGUCAUGCCCUCUCUGCUGCCCACGCCAGCCACUGGGGCAAACACCACCUGCAGCACAGAGCUGUCUGGCAAGCGUUUAGCCUCCACUUGCAGCACCUCCAAUACCAAGCAGGUCUCAGCACAUGCAGUAGUAGAAAACCAAACUGCAGGACCUGUCCUGGCUCCCAGUGUCAGAUGGGGACAGACGCCCAUUAACCAAUCCACUCCCUGGGACACAGACGAACCCCCUAGCAAACAACUGAGGGAGAAAGAUAAUACAGGUCAGCUAUGGCCCCCAGCGGUGCCCACAGUGAGUCAGGCGAGUCUUCUUUCCCACACCUACGGCGUUCCCCAACCACCGGCUUACAGCCAGGGAGUGACUGUCCAGGCACCCAUCAUAGGUGCCACUCCUCCCCUUCAAACUGCUGUACCCCCGCCUCACCAGCUUCUGCCCUCACACUAUCAGCUGACCCAACCGCCCUCACAGCCACUGGCCAGCAUGGUGCUCAAUGUGCACAGCCAGACCCUGGGGCUCACUGGCCUGCCCCCUAUCGCCAUGUCCCCUAUGCCUGGAGUAUGCCAGGUCACUCAGACCGCCCAAACAGUGCUGGGCAAUGGCCAUCUCACCCACCCCAUGGUGCAGCCGUCUACCACGUUAACCAGCAGUGUCCCGAUGAUAAAUGGACAAGCUUCUGUGCAUCCUCCUCCUACCAAUGGCUGCACCGCUCAAGAGACUGCCAACGGCCUGCAGAUGCUCCGCACGGUCGGCAUGGGGAAGUAUGAGUUCACAGACCCUUGGCAUCCCAAAGAAAUGUUGAAAGAAUUGAACCAGCAGCGGCGAGUGAAAGAAUUUACAGACCUGAAAAUAAUUGUUCAAGGCAAAGAGUUUGAAGUCCAUCAAAAUGUUCUAGCUUCCUGCAGCUUGUAUUUCAAGGACAUGGUUAAAAGGUUGGCUGGAGAGAACAAGAGCGGUGAGAAGAUGACACUGACGAUGAACAGCAUCGGGGCUGACGUUCUUGAGCUGCUGCUAGAGUUUGUCUACACAGGCUCCCUUAUCAUAGACUCAGCCAAUGCCAAGACCUUACUGGAAGCUGCCAACAAGUUCCAGUUUAACACUUUCUGCAAAGUCUGUGUGUCUUUUCUGGAGAAACAGCUGACAGCCAGUAACUGCCUGGGCGUGCUGGCGAUGGCAGAGGCCAUGCAGUGCACAGAGCUCCACAGCAUGGCCAAGGCCUUCGCUCUGCAGAACUUCCAAGAAGUGGCAAGUCAGCAGGAGAUCCUUAACAUCUCCAAAGAGGACUUCGUCAGCUACCUGUCCAAUGACAGUCUCAACGCAAAAGCUGAGGAGCUGGUGUAUGAGACGGUUAUCAAGUGGAUCAAGAAAGACCCCGGCAAUCGAGUACAGCAUAUGUCAGAGCUGCUGGCUGUAGUGCGCCUGCCCUUUAUCCACCCCAGCUACUUACUGAACGUAGUGGACAACGAGGAGCUGAUCAAGUCCUCAGAGCCAUGCAGAGACCUGGUUAAUGAGGCCAAGCGCUACCACAUGCUGCCACAUGCCCGACAGGAGAUGCAGACACCCAGAACACGCCCGCGACUCUCUGCAGGGGUUGCUGAGGUGAUAGUGCUGGUAGGAGGGCGUCAGGUCAUCGGUAUGAACCAGCGCUCGCUGACAGCCGUCACUUGCUUCAACCCCCAAAACAACAAGUGGUACCCGCUGGCCAGCCUGCCUUUCUACGACCGCGAGUUCUUCUCUGUCAUUUCAGCAGGGGAUAAUAUCUACCUGUCAGGUGGAAUGGAGUCGGGAGUCAUGCUGCCAGACGUGUGGUGCUACAUGUCCCUGCUGGAUAAUUGGAACCUGGUGUCCCGAAUGACAGUCCCUCGUUGUCGCCACAAUAGCCUGGUCUAUGAUGGCAAGCUGUACACCAUCGGAGGACUCGGGGUGGCAGGCAACCUUGAUAAUGUAGAAAGGUAUGACACUAUCACAAACCAGUGGGAGACAGUGUCACCUUUGCCCAAGCCAGUGCAUUCUGCAGCAGCGACGGUGUGUCGGGGGAAGAUCUACGUGUUUGGAGGGGUAAACGAGGCUGGACGCUCGGCUGGAGUCCUGCAGUCUUAUGUGCCUCAUACCAAUGCGUGGAGUUUCAUAGAAUCCCCAAUGAUAGAUAACAAGUAUGCUCCUGCUGUAACACUCAAUGGCUUUAUCUUCAUCCUUGGAGGAGCAUAUGCCAGAGCCACAACCAUCUAUGACCCCGAGAAAGGCAACAUCAAAGCAGGACCCAACAUGAACCACUCGAGGCAGUUCUGCAGUGCCGUGGUUCUGGAUGGGAAGAUCUACGCAACAGGAGGCAUCGUAAGCAGCGAGGGGCCGGCGCUGGGCAACAUGGAGGCCUUUGACCCCUGCGCCAAUGCCUGGACACUGCAGCAGAGCAUGCCAUGCCCACUCUUCAGGCAUGGCUGUGUGGUCAUCAAGAAGUACAUUCAGAGUGGCUGAUGUUGGAGAUGAGAAAUACAGGAUGCUGUUGCGUCCCUUUGCACACUCCUCCAUUCUGUGCUCCCUUGCUCACACUCUCACUGCCCCGGGGUUACCAGUGCUGACACUGAAGUGUUGUGAAAUCUCUCCUUUAGCUCUGAUUUGUCUCAUUCUCUCUCUUUCCAUAAAAUCAUCUCUCUCCUGCUCACAACCAUAUGGAAUAUAGAAACUCUAUAUUACAACAGGCACUCUGACUCAACAAGGUGCCUUUGUGUAACGUAUGCCACCUCAAGCUGUUGGCACUGAAGGUCUGGAGUGGCACUAGCCUUAAUGCUCCAUCACCACUUCAGUUCAAGUGCACACCUCUCUCUCUCUCUCUCUGUCUCCCUCUCUCUGUCACUCUGGUCAAAUUUCACUUCUUUGAGUCGAUCAUUGUAGUUGACUGAUUCUUAAAUGGUUUCCAGUGGUUUUAAUCAUCAGUGUAGCAAUAUUUUGUGAUUUUUCUUUCUUCAAGAGGGACUGAGCUCAGUUCUGACUCUAAUGAUGUGAAACAUACAGUACAUCUUUAUAAUGAGGGGGAAAAUAUGAAGUGUUUACUCUGCGCUGAAAUUUGGGUUGCAGGUGUAAAUUCAUAGCUAUUAGUACUCUAGUGAAUUAUGUUUCAGAAUGGAGUGUGUUUGUGUCAAAUAUGAAAAAAGCAUUCCUUUUUCCCCAGGAACUGAACCUGGAAGAGUAGUACUGUAGUAGGAGAUGAUCUCAUGGACUCUGUCGUUGGCACUGGAAGGAAUAGGGUUUCACAUUUCUGAGCUGGACUCCCAACCUGGGCUGGUCUACAAGUUGGAGUUUCACACUGAACUAACGCACAUUUCUCUUGCACUCUGCCAAAGCACAAAUAAUUUGAGGGUCAGAGUCAUGUCAAAAAUGUGAUAUUUUUACCUUUGUUUCCUGCUGUUUGCCGAGUCUGGCAGCAUUCUUGGAAUGCCGGUGGAACAGAAUGGGAUUCUCUGUAAUUUGGGGAAGAAGACAAAAUAUUGUUUA